UCCUCAACACAAGCCGCAUGGAUUUUUGUAAACAUUCGCCUUGGCGCGUUCAGUCUCGAAAUUUAAUCAUGCCAUUGCACGAAUAAGUCUUUAAACUCUGCUGCUUGAAGUUAGCAAGUCAUCGAUUCACUUUUAAGUGUAACAUCAUGACUAUGGACUCAUUGCACCUAUUGCCUGUGGAGCCAUGUGACAGGGGGUCUCAGCGCUGCAGAUUGGGCCCAGGACUGAUGUCGACUCUGGGUAUAAAUUUGGGCUCCCCUUUGCUGGUCUCUGUAUCUGGAUCUAGCUUUCUCUGCACAGCAUGGCCCCGCCCUGAUUGUGCAGAAGGCUUUAUUCAAAUGGACCCAAAAUCCUGCUCACGAAAUCUAGUGUUUCAUCCUUCUACCUCUUCACACAUAAAUGUGAACCAGAUUUCGCCAGUGCAAUGUUCUAAGCUUAAAGGCAUCAAAAUCACAGUAGUGGUCCAAAGUUCUGAUUUUAAACGCAAUACUCCUCCACGUGUUAUUCAUGAACUAGUAAAAGACAUGCUUAAAGGAGUAUAUGUACAUAAGGACCAUGUGAUUAAUCUGGGAGAUUAUGGGACAGACAUUAAAUACACCGUUAUUGAAGAAGUCAAUCCAGAUUCAGAAAACUGUGGACUUGUAACAUCUAAAACUGGAGUGGAGAUUUUAAGCAUCAAGACGCUCAGAUUUUUCAAGGGAGGAGUCCAGCAGCAAAACAACAUUGUUACUUUGGGUGGUCUGGAUGAGGUGCGGUUGUCUCUAAAGGAGAUGCUUCAGUUGCCGUUGGUUUAUCCACAGACCCUGGACACUUUGGGCCUAUCCUGUCCCAGAGGGGUGCUGCUGGUGGGGCCUCCUGGAGUGGGAAAGACUCAGCUUAUCCGCAGUGUGGUCCGGGAGGUGGGAGCCAGCCUCGUGGUGGUACAUGGGCCAGAGAUUGUGGGUACGAGGCCGGGUGAGAGCGAGGAGAAGCUUCGUGCUGUUUUUGACAGUGCUCGGUCUGCGUCUGAAGAGGGUCCUUGUAUUUUGUUUCUGGAUGAACUGGACUCGCUGUGUCCCAAAAGAGCCGGAGCCACAGCAGCAGAGAAUCGGCUCGUGGCACAGCUCCUCACUCUCAUGGAUGGGAUGAACCAAUCAGAUCGCUUUCUGAUCGCUGCGGCAACCAACCGACCGGACAGUCUGGACCCAGCCCUGAGGCGACCGGGGAGAUUCGACAGAGAGGUGAUUAUUGGAGCUCCAACGCUGAAGCAGAGGAGGCAGAUUCUGAGCGUUCUGUUUGAGAAGAUUCCAGUUUGUUCCUCUGUGGAUUCUGAGGAACUCGCUCAGAGGACCACGGGUUAUGUGGGGGCGGACCUGAGCGCACUGUGCAGAGAGGCAGCCAUGAACAGCAUAAGGGAAAUGGCAAAGGGUUCAGGAGAACAGGCUGUGAGUAUGAAGCAUUUCACCGAGGCCUUAAAAACAGUGGGUCCUUCAUGUCUCAGGAGUAGUUUGGGACGGACAGAUUUCGCCCCGGUGUCCUGGGACCAGAUCGGAGGACUGAACGACGUCAAACUCAAACUCAGACAGAGUAUAGAGUGGCCGCUGCGGUACCCUGAUGCUUUCCUCCGCCUGGGUUUGUCCCGCCCCCGGGUGCUGCUAUACGGACCUCCAGGAUGUGCCAAAACCACCCUGGUCCGAGCUGCAGCUGCAUCCAGCCAUGUGGCCUUUCUGUCGGUCAGCGGGGCUGACCUCUACUCCCCCUAUGUGGGGGACUCGGAGAAGGCACUGGCUCAGUUGUUUCGUCAGGCCCGCUCCUGCGCCCCCUGUGUUCUCUUCCUGGAUGAGAUUGACUCUCUGAUUGGCUGUCGGUCGAGUGGGGAGGUCUCUAGUGGGGUCCAGACUCGGCUCCUGUCUGUGCUCCUAAAUGAGAUGGACGGAGUUGGACUAAAGACGGAGGAGAGGAGAGGUGAACGAGUACUACAGGCCGAGGGAGAGGACCACGGACAUCAACAUGAACAGGCAGACUUUGUGGAGGUGUGUAACUCGGAGGUGAUGGUUGUUGCUGCCACAAAUCGCCCGGAUGCCCUGGACUCUGCUCUGCUGCGCCCAGGACGACUCGACCACAUCAUCUACGUCCCACCACCAGAUCAGGAAAGCCGUCUGUCCAUCCUGAAGCUGUGCACUAAGUUGAUGCCUGUUGCUGACGAUGUUUGUUUGGAGGAAAUGGCUCAAAAGACAAACUUCUUUUCUGGAGCAGAUCUGGAAAAUCUCUGCAAAGAGGCGGCGCUGUUGGCUCUGCAGGAAGAAAACAUGGAGGCUUCUCACGUUAGACACAAAUACUUUCUCCAGUCCCUGAGUAAAAUGACCCCAUCUCUUACUGCACAACAGAUCCACAUGUACCAAAAUCCACCUGCGUAAUUUUACCAGUGUCACGUUCAAUAAACUUUUACUAUUACUUUGAAAUACAAA